UCCCCGUCUCCGUCGCCAUCAUGACACGUACAGACUCCUCUUUUCACUCUGUCUUCAUUCGGGAAUUUCAUCAAACGCCUUCCAUGGCGGACCUCAGAGACCCUCUCCUUCCUCCAAAACCCUCAUCUUCCUCCACAAACCAUACAAAUCCCCAACCCUCCUCUCGAUCAGCUGCCUCUUCCCGCCCUCCUCUCUUCCAAGGCCUUGACUUCCUCGGCCUUAAGAAGCGCGGCCAGUCCCUCCGCUCAUGGAUCCGCGUUGACUCUUCCGGCGCAUCGCAGCUCAUCGAGGUAGACAAAUUCACUAUGAUGCGCCGCUGUGACCUCCCUGCCCGCGAUCUCCGCCUCCUUGAUCCUCUCUUUGUCUACCCUUCCACGAUCCUCGGCCGCGAGAAGGCCAUCGUUGUCAACCUCGAGCAGAUUCGGUGCAUUAUCACUGCCGACGAGGUGCUGCUGCUGAACUCGCUGGACAACUACGUGCUUCAGUAUGUCGUUGAGCUGCAGCGGCGGCUGACUGACGGCGGGGAUUUGAGCAGGAGAAGGGCCGGGGCAGGUUACGAGGCUGGCCUGUUCGGCGACAGGCCAUCGCCUGACUAUCUCCCGUUUGAAUUCCGCGCGCUCGAGGUGGCACUGGAGGCUGCAUGCACGUUUCUUGAUGCUCAGGCAGCAGAACUAGAAAUUGAAGCAUACCCGUUGUUAGAUGAACUGACAUCGAAGAUCAGUACCUUGAACUUGGAACGUGUUCGUCGGUUGAAAAGCAGACUUGUCGCUUUGACUAGGAGAGUUCAGAAGGUUAGGGAUGAGAUAGAGCAGCUAAUGGACGAUGAUGGUGAUAUGGCCGAAUUGUAUCUCACUGAAAAGAAGAUGAGGAUGGAAGCAUCAUUUUAUGGUGAUCAGUCUGUGGGAUACGGCUCGGCUGGGCCGGGACUAUCUGUUUCAGCUCCAGUUUCCCCCGUUUGUUCACCGCCCGAAACACGGAAGCUUGAGAAGAGCUUGAGCAUUGCAAGGAGCAGGCAUGAGAGCAUGAAGGGCUCGGACAGCAUGACAGAGAAUAUAGAGGAGCUGGAGAUGUUGUUGGAAGCAUACUUUGUGGUCAUUGACAGUACCCUCAACAAACUGACAUCGUUGAAGGAGUACAUUGAUGAUACGGAGGACUUCAUCAACAUUCAGCUGGACAACGUCCGGAAUCAGCUGAUCCAGUUCGAGCUGCUGCUUACAACUGCAACAUUUGUUGUCGCCAUCUUUGGGGUGGUUGCGGGUGUCUUCGGGAUGAACUUUUCAAUACCGUUAUUCGAUGAUGCAGGUGCGUUCAAGUGGGUCCUUAUAAUUACUGGAAUAUCCGGUGUCAUUAUUUUCUGCUCUUUUCUGUGGUUUUUUAAGUACAGAAGGCUCAUGCCAUUGUAGAUAAAACCGUACAUAGCCGUUCAGUGAAUGAGGUGGGGAAAAAAAGUAGAAGUUUCUCAUUCUCUGUCUUUUGUGCAUCUAUAGAUUAAUUCGAUAUUUACAAUAGGGCGGCGGCUCUUAUUUUAAUUACCCCUUCUUGUAAAAAUCUCCAUUUUGCAGUUUUAAUCCAAAGGGUUUGGGAAAUA